CACACACACUCUCUUUCAUCGCCAUCUUCCUGUUGGACAAUCUCUCCGGCCAUGGCUCCUAAAUCCGACAGCACCGAAGGAAUCGUGCUCAAUUUCGUGAACGAGCAAAAUAAGCCGUUGAAUUCACAAAUUGUGGCUGAUUGUCUACAAAAGUUCAAUCUCAAAAAGGGGGCAAUACAGAAAGCUUUAGAUACUCUUGCUGAUAGCGGAAAGAUAUCAUUCAAGGAAUAUGGAAAGCAGAAGAUCUAUCUUGCUAGACAAGAUCAGUUUGACAUUCCAAAUGGUGAAGAGCUUAAUCAGAUGAAAGAGGAAAAUAUCAAGCUGCAAGAAGAGCUGGAUGGGCAAAGAAAAGCAAUCAGUGCAGUUGAGGGAGAAAUCAAAGCUCUGCAGUCAAAUUUGACACUGGAAGAGGUACACAAAAAAGAAGCCAAAAUAAGAAAAGAGGUAAAAGAUAUGGAAGAGAAACUGACUAAGUUAAGGGAAGGAGUAACACUGGUCAAUCCAGAAGAGCGAAAAGCUGUGGAGGGGAUGUAUUUUGAAACAGUAAACCAGUGGCGAAGACGGAAAAGGAUGUUCAAAGAUAUAUGGGAUGCUAUAACUGAGAACUCACCCAAAGACCUUAAAGAAUUCAAGGAAGAACUUGGGAUUGAGUAUGAUGAAGAUGUUGGAGUGAGUUUACAAUCCUUUAUUGACCUAAGGCAACAAGGAAAGAAGCGUGCCAGAGGCCUGUAAUUUUUCUGCACAAAAGCACACUGUUCUUGUAUGUAUACAAAAGGUUUUGCAUGGUUUAUGCGGAAAAUUUUUCGUAUUACAUAUCAUUAAGUGUGGGUACUGUUUAGAUCUCAAAUGACUAUUUUAUGUGAAUAAAG